AUGGCGCGGCGGCGUGCCGUCGGGUGCCGGAGCGGGUCCCGGGUCGCGCCGCCGGGGCUCGCGUUGCUGCUGCUGCCGCUGUGGCUGUGCGGGGCGGCGGCGGGCGCGGGGCCGGUGUACAACCUGACGCUGGCGGUGGCCGAGGAGCUGCCGGCGGGGACGCUGGUGGGCGACAUCAGCGCGGGGCUGCCGGCGGGUGCGGGGCCGCCGGGCGGCUUCCUGCUGUCGGAAGGCGGCGGCGAGUCGGCGCUGCUGGCCGAUUUUCAGGUGCGGCCCGAUACCGGCGAGAUCCGCACGGCGCGACGUCUGGACAGGGAGCGCCGGGCGCGCUACAGCUUCGCGGCGGCCACGCUGCGUGGCGACGUGGUACGGGUGGAGAUCACGGUGGCCGACGCCAACGACCACCCGCCGCGCUUCCCGCGGGGCAGCCUGCGGCUCGACGUGUCGGAGCUCAGCCCGCCCGGCAGCGCCUUCCGCCUGCCGCCCGCCAAAGACCCCGACGCCGGGCGCUUCGGCACGCAGGGCUACGCGCUGCUGGAGGCGGGCGGCGCGCCGGGAGAGCCUCCGCUCUUCGCGCUGCGCUGCGGUCGCCCGGCGGGGGGCUCCGCGCCCGGCCUGCCGGAGCUGGUGCUGCUGCGGCGACUGGACCGCGAGCGGGCGGCCGAGCACCGGCUGCUGCUGGAGGCGUGGGACGGCGGCAGCCCGCCGCGCCGCGGCCGCCUGCGCGUGGCCGUGCGAGUGCUGGACGAGAACGACAACGCGCCCGUCUUCGGCCGCGCCGAGUACAGCGCGCGGCUGCCCGAAAACGCGGCGCCGGGCACCGCCGUGUGCCGUCUGCGCGCCACCGACCCCGACCUGGGCGCCAACGGCCGCGUGCGCUACGCCAUCAACCGGAGGCUGAGCGACCCCGGCGGCUUUUUCGCGGUGGGAGCGCUCAGCGGGGUGCUGCGGCUGCGCCGGCCGCUGGACCGCGAGGCGCGGGCGCUGCACCGCGUGGUGGUGGAGGCGAGGGACGGCGGCGCGCAGCCCGAGGUGUCGUCGGCGCUGGUGUCCGUGGCCGUGCUGGACGUGAACGACAACGCGCCCGCCAUCCGCCUUCUCUUCCUGACCGAGAGCGGAGGCCCGCGCGUCUCCGAGGCAGCGCGGCUCGGCGCCUACGUGGCUCGCGUCUCCGUGUCGGACGCCGACGAGGCGGACGGCGGUGCCGGCGCGGUGCUGGCCCUGCGCGGCGGGGACGGCGCCUUCGCGCUGCGCCCGGCGGCCGCCGGCGUUUUCUUCCUGUGCGUGGCGGCGCCGCUGGACCGCGAGCGCCGCGAGCUCUACGCGCUGCGCCUGGUGGCCCGCGACGGCGGCGCCCCGCCGCUCUCUGCCGAGCGGGCGCUGCUGCUGCGCGUCGCCGACGUGAACGACGAGACGCCCGCUUUCGCGCGGGCCCGCUAUCGCGCCGCCGUCUCGGAGGCAGCCGCUCCCGGCACGGCCGUGCUGCGCCUCAGCGCCUCGGACGGCGACGAGCCCGGCUCGCCCAACGCCGAAGUACGCUACGCGCUGGAGGGAGAGCCCGGCGCGCUGGCGCUGCUGCGCAUCGACGCGCGGAGCGGCGCCGUCAGCACCCGCGGGCGCCUGGACCGCGAGCGCCGCGCCGCGCUGGAGCUGCGCGUGGUGGCCCGGGACGGCGGCCGCCCGCCGCGCUCCUCCUGGUGCCGCCUCAGCGUCCGCGUGCGGGACGACAACGAUAACGAGCCCCGCUUCCAGCGCCGCGUCUACCUCGGCCGUCUGCCCGAGCACGCCGCGCCCGGCCGCUGCCCGCUGCAGGUCAAGGCAACAGAUGCAGAUGCUGACAAGUUUGGCGAAGUUGAGUAUUUUCUUUAUGAUGGAUUCCAUUAUUAUGAAAAAUCCAGAGCUUUCCAAAUUGAUCCACGUACUGGUCAAAUCUGUGUCUCUCAAGACAUUGACAGAGAAGGAGAUCAAACUACUUAUGAUCUAUUAGUAAAAGCUACAGAUGGGGGAGGGCUGAGUGCCCAAGCUUUUGUUCGCAUUGAGAUAGAAGAUAUUAAUGAUAACAAACCUGUUUUUGAACAAACCAUCUAUGUGACAAGCAUCAGCAGUCACACAGAACCAGGAACAGAGAUCAUCAGUGUUGUUGCCAGAGACAGAGAUUCAGGCAUAUAUGGAGCUGUCACAUAUGAGCUGGUCCCAGGAGAAUUUUCUUCUCUUUUCACAGUGGACCCUACUACAGGAAUUAUUUACCUGAUCUCCGCUUUCAGUCACCUGGCACAUCCUAUGGUGCUUCUGGUAGUUUCUGCACAGGAUGGGGGUGGACUUUCCUCAGCCACCAAUGCGGCUGUCACGGUGCACAUCCUUCAGACCACUUUGGCCCCUGCCAUGUUUGAGAGAUCCCAGUAUGCUUUUUCUGUACCCGAAGAUGCACCUGAAGACAGCCUGGUUGGAGCUGUAAAGGCCAGAGAGCCUCCAGAUUCUUUAGAAGUGGUUUCAUACAGAAUUUCCUCUGGUGAUCCACAAGGAAGAUUCUAUAUUGACUCCCAGUUUGGUAUCAUUCGCAUCAAGAAAGAGCUUGACCAUGAAACCCAGUCUGUUUUCACGCUCACCAUUCAGUCACAGUUGGGAAAGUCUCCUGUUUACAGCAGCGCCCACGUCAAUAUAUCUGUGAUAGAUGUUAAUGACAACCCUCCAGUAUUUCUUACCAGAUCUGAUACGGUAAUUAUUUCACGCACACAGCCUCCUGGCACUGCUGUGUACAUUGCUCAUGCAGAAGAUAAAGACAGCAGCCUCAACGGGGCAAUCAAAUACAGUCUUACCAGCAAUCAGACAGACGCAUUUAGUAUCGAUUCAGGUCUUGGAGUGGUAAACCUCAUCAGAAUGGUGUUUGAGGAUAAACAGCAAGAAUAUACUCUGUACAUAGCAGCUGAAGACCAUGGAAGUCCUCCUCUGAGUUCUUUGCUGUUGUUGACAGUGACUGUUGAAGAGCAGAGGAUGGGCCCCACUUUGGUUUUCCAGAAGUUAGUGUACCAUGUAGAAAUCAGUGAAGCUACGUCUCCAGGUUCCCUUAUCCUUCAGGUUCAAGCCUCCUUAUUUGAUCCGCACCAUGUUAGUUCCAGGCUGACAUAUUCCAUAGAGUCUAGCACAGAUUCUGCUGCAUUUGGAAUCAGGUCUGAUACUGGCUAUAUUUAUCUUCGGAAACAUCUGAACUAUGAAUGUGCACAGAUUCUUAGUUUUAGAGCCCUGGUCAGCACCUCAGAGGAGGAAAACUUCAUGCGGAAUGCAAGUGCAUCAGUAAUAGUAAAUGUCCUGGAUGAAAAUGAUAAUUCCCCUGUGUUUAUGCAUGAGAGCUACUUCUUCAAAAUGGAGGAAAAUGCAAUCCCCAGGGGUGUGAUUGGCACUGUCACAGCUGUUGACAAAGACUCGGGAAGAAAUGGACAACUUUCAUAUUUCCUCCUGUCUGAUGAAAAGUAUUUCAAGAUGAAUUCCAACACAGGUGAAGUUAUAAACUGGGUUGCCUUAGACCGUGAAAAACAAGCACACCACCAGCUGACUGUACUAGUGACUGAUCAUGGGUCACCACCACUUAAUGUCACAGCAACUGUGUACAUCUCAGUGAUGGACGUCAACGAUAAUAAACCUAUCUUCCCUCAGAUUGCACCUGGAAAAGAGCUAAGCAUCAAGGUUUUGGAAGGGCAGCCAUCGGGAAUGCUCAUCACCUCUGUCUUUGCAAAGGACUUUGAUUCUGGGAACAAUGGCACAGUACUGUAUUCAACAGAACCUGGUGCAAGUAUUUUGCCGUUACAGACAAAUAAAAAUGUAUAUUCAAAUGAACACUACUAUGUUACUGUGUUACACUACCAGGUUCCCUUUCCUUUGUGUCCUGCUCCUUCUUACUCAUUAGUUAUGAUGGAGGUAUAUGGUGAGUUGAUGAGGUCUGCAGUAACUGAUACCCAUUUUUCCCAUAUAGAAGAAGAUAUAGGAUACUUCCAGAUCGAUGCUGUCAGCGGGGAGUUGAGAGCAACCCGUCCUCUGUCAUAUGCUGAGAGAUCAAGCUACAGAAUGAUGGUCACAGCCAGGGACCAGGGGAGGCCUUCCCUUCAAGGACAGGCUGUUGUUGAGAUCCAGGUAAUCCCACUUCCCACAGGGAGAUCUGUCUUCUCUCAAGAUUUCAAGCACUUUGUCAUACCUGAAAAUUUUAAACCUGCACAAGUAUUCACUUCUGUAAAGUUGCCUGGUAAUCACCUGACAACUAAUAGGAAACUGUGUUUUAGUGUCUCUGAAGAUGACGAUGAUGUUUAUUUUGAAGUAGACAGUUGGACAGGAGACCUUUUUCUCUACAAGGAACUUGACUAUGAAACAUCUUCACACAUCUUUUUGCAAGUUAUUAUAAAGGAUUACAAUAAUAAUCCCCCACAGAAUAAUACUGUCUUCCUCAGUAUUGAUGUAGAAGAUCUGAAUGAUCAUUCUCCACAUUUUCAAGAUGACUUCAUAGUGAUUGGCAUAGAGGAAAAUGUACCUGUUGGCACUCUGGUUUACACAUUCAAUGCAAAAGACGGAGACGGCAGUUCUCCAAACAGCAAAAUACAGUAUUCCCUGGAAAUGAGUAGCAUCGCUGAAAAUCCAUUUGUUGUUCACCCUUUGCAUGGUACCUUGGUCACAGCAUCCCCACUGGACAGGGAGAUUACUCACUCUGUGAUCCUUACAGUAUCUGCAACAGACCAGACAAUAAAUGUGGCUGAUCGCAGACGUGAUUCUCUGACUGCAAAAAUUGUUAUUCUGGAUGUCAAUGACAACAGUCCCAGCUUUAUAUCUUCACCUCUUUGCUAUGUCAUGGAGGAUGCCGACGUGGGCCUCCUUGUGCACCAUAUAACUGCAAAGGAUCCUGAUGAGGGAAGAAAUGGACAUGUUAUGUAUCACUUAAUUUCAGGCAAUGAAAACGGAUCAUUUAUAUUGGAUGAAAUCACAGGACUCCUAAGUACAGCCCAGCUCCUGGACCGCGAGGCUCAGGAGCACUACAGUCUGACGGUCAUGGCUCUUGAUGAUGGCAGUCCAGCCCUCUCCGCAACACAGGUUCUAACUGUCCUCGUUCUUGAUGUGAACGAUGAGAGCCCAAUAUUUCUGCAGCAGCUUUAUGAGACUGCAGUUUAUGAAAACCGGGAUCCAGGGGAGCUGGUCGUAAGAGUGGAAGCUGUGGAUAGAGAUGCAGGACAACAUUCCUUGCUUCAGUAUGAUAUCCUACCAGGACCUGGAUAUGAGAAAUUCAGGAUAAAUUUGGACAGUGGAGAGUUGUUAACAACUGUGUCACUGGACAGGGAAACCCAGGAGGUUUACAGUAUUAAAGUUUUGGUUCGAGAUGGUGGAACUCCAUCUCUAUCAAGCACAGCAACAGUUAUCUGCAAAGUGCUGGAUGAAAAUGAUAGCUCUCCCAAGUUUUUCUUUCCUGUCUUUGAGAUUUGUAUUCCAGAGAAUCAACAGCCUUCAGCAGUUUACGUUGCCAGGGCUGCAGACAUGGAUGCUGGCAAUAACGGAGCUCUAAGAUACAAAAUAAGUGGUGGAAACGUUGGAGAAUACUUCACACUAAACAAUACUUCUGGAAAACUGUUGGUCACUCGUACCUUAGACAGAGAAGAUGUCAGCAAUUUUACUCUUGUAAUUGAGUGCCAUGACCUAGGCAGUCCACCAAGGAGUUCCACUGCACUGCUGUACAUAACAGUCCUGGAUGAAAAUGACCACAGCCCACUGUUUGAAAAGAACCAGUAUCACAUCUCUGUGAGAGAAGACCUAGAGGAAGGCACAGCCAUCCUGGACCUCUUUGCUUCUGACAGAGACAACGGCCCGAAUGGUGAAGUUACAUACUCACUCAUUGGAGACACUUUUGGAGCGUUUGCCAUUAACAGUGUAACAGGCUCCAUAGUUACUACAAGGGUGCUGGACAGGGAGGUGAAGUCCCAGUAUACGCUUAGGGCUGUGGCGAGCGACUGUAGCUCCCAUUUGCCAAGAAGCAGUGCUGCCAGCAUUGUGGUGCACAUCGAUGAUGUCAACGACAACAAUCCGGUGUUUCUGCAGAGCCCCAUCAGGGCCUUCGUGCCUGUUGAAACCACAGUGAAUGAGACGGUAGCCACUGUGAGAGCAGAGGAUGUGGAUCUGGGGCCAAAUGGAGCUAUUGUUUUUAGUUUGUUGGCAGCAGAAACUUUAUUUGAGAUUGACUCAGAGACGGGUGACAUCGUUCUUCAGGAGCCCUUGUCUUCUGAAGACUUCAGUACACGGCUGCUAGUGAUGGCUUCAGAUCAAGGUACCUCACCUCGAACAGCAAUGACUCUGGUCAUUAUCUUUACAAAAGAACAAGAGGAGGAGAUUUUGUUCAGCCAUAGCCUGUAUGAAGCAAGCGUGCCUGAAAACAGUGCAGCAGGUACAUCACUUCUAACUGUGGAAGCUUAUGAACGCAAAUUUACUGGAGAAAGCAUAAAAUAUAGCAUCCUUGGUGAAGAGGAAAGCAUAUUCUCCAUACACCCCAUUACAGGUAAACUUGUAUUUUCCUUAUUGUUUCUGUCAAGUGUCUGUAGCUUAAAGACUGUGGCCUUGUCUGAGGCCUGUUUAGAGGGCAUAGCACCUCCAGAAAUUGCAUGUACAAUCACAGUAAAGGAGCCGAAGUUUCUUGAUUAUGAACUUAAGCAUAAAAUACAUCUAUCAAUCUUGGCUGAAAAUAAUUUGAAUUCCGCGCUAUGCAGAGUUACAGUAUUGAUACAAGAUGUUAAUGACAAUGUACCUAAAUUUGAACAAAGCUCUUACAAAGCAUCAAUAUGGGAAGGCCAGACUCCUAAAACAGAUGUCAUACAGAUAUCUGCAACUGAUCUUGACAGCCAGCUGAAUGGAGAAACAGAAUACACAAUUUUGUCUGGUAAUGAAAACGCGGCAUUUCUAAUUGAUUCAGCACGAGGGACUUUAUCAACUAAUACUGUCCUAAAUCAUGAAAAGGCUUCAUCCUAUAGAUUGGUUGUACAAGUUGCUGAUAAAGGAAACCCCAGGCUUUCAGCCACAAGUAUUGUGAGGAUACAAGUUCUAGACAUUAAUGACAAUGCUCCAAUUAUCCAACCACCUGGCGAAGUGGAGGUCCCAGAAAAUGUCCUGCCUGGUUUUACAGUGAUUCGUGUAUCAGCAACUGAUGUGGACUCUAGCCCAGCACUUCAGUUUGACUUAAUUGAUGAUAAAAGUUCUGGAAUGAAAUUUGCAAUCAAUCAACACACUGGUGUAAUCUCAGUGGUAGAACCAUUGGAUUUUGAAGAAACUGCUGUGUAUAAGCUGGGAAUCGUGGUUUCAGACUCUGUCCAUCAAACAGAAGCAGAACUCACAAUCUGUGUUUUGGACAUCAAUGAUAACCCACCAGUGUUUACUCAGGAUUUCUAUCAGGUGAGCUUGCCGGAGUUCAUUUCAGUGGGUACCACUGUUAUGACUCUCUCUGCUGUGGACAGGGAUUCAGAGCAUAAUGGAAUGGUUUCCUACAAAAUCCUCUCUUCCUCGAAAGGGUUUUCCAUUGAUCACAAGAAUGGUUCUUUGUUCACUACUGAGCCAGUGGCACAUGGGAAAAACAAUGCCUUUAUUCGGGUACUGGUAGCUGCUGUGGACAGUGGCAGUCCUGCUCUGAGCACAGUCACCUCUGUAGAGGUACACAUAGAAGAUGUAAAUAACCAUGCCCCUCAGUUCACAAGGGCACUGUACAGUCUCAGUGUGAGUGAGAGUGCUUCAGUAGGAGAAAGCAUCCUUGCAUUUUCAGCAACAGACUAUGACUGGACAUGUGAAAAUACAUACAUUGAGUACUCCAUUAUUGAUGGCAAUGCUGAGAGCUUAUUCACUGUGGAAACAAGUGUCACGGAGUCAGAAACAUCCUACAAGCUUGUUGGCAAUCUUGUUUUGAGCAAUGUUCUUGACAAGGAAACUACUGCUUCCCAUCGUUUGGUCCUCCUUGCCUCUGAUCAUGGAAAGCCCUCCUUGAACUCAACUGCUACUGUGCUAAUAACUGUAUUGGAUGUCAAUGAUAAUCCUCCAGAAUUUAGCAGCUCGGAGUACCACGUUCACAUCAAAGAAAGCCUCCCUGUUGGUAGCCAUGUCACAGAAGUUUUAGCAAAUGACCCUGAUGAAGGCAGUAAUGCGGAGAUCACUUACUCUAUAAUUUCUGGAAAUGACCAGCGGUAUUUUCGGAUGGAUGAGAAAACUGGAUCUGUGGAUUUGAUGAAAACUCUGGAUUAUGAGGAUACCACGAAAUUUACUUUGCUCAUUCAAGGCACAGAUGGAGGAGCUAAUGUAAAAAAUGUGGCUUUUUCUGUUGUCCACGUUAGCAUCCUAGACGACAAUGAUUAUGCCCCACUGUUUUUGUUUCCCAGCAUGAACUGUUUUGUCAGUGAAAACCUGCCAAGCUUUUCUUUUGUAUGCACUGUCACUGCCUUGGAUUUUGAUGAAGGCUCCUAUGGACAUCUCACUUACUCCAUCCAGUCUUCAUGUUUGGCUCAGCAUGAAGCUCCUGGAGAUGAUCAGAUGUUUUUCAUUGACCCUUUGACAGGAGAUAUUUAUACAAAGCAAACGUUUGACUAUGAAAGUCAGAAUAGGUACUGUCUUGUAAUCCAAGCAAAAGACAAAGGUGUCUUACUGGCCACAAUUACAGUUCAGGUAGAUAUUGAGGGGAGAGAUGAGUUUGACCCAGUUUUUUCACAAGAUCAGUAUUUCUUUAAUCUCCCUAGGAAAAAUGAAGCAGGCCAAUUGCUUGGCAAGGUGAGAGCAUCGGAUAAUGAUGGUGGACCAGAUGGAGUUGUUCAUUACUCCCUGCUAAAAACUUCUGCGUUCUUCUCUGUAAAUCAAAGCAGCGGUGCUAUUUAUUUGACUCAAACUGUUCACCGAAAUAGAAGUGACAGCAAAAGGAAUGAUGACACCUUGGAAUUGUUGGUAAGGGCUCAGAGCCCAAAAAUGGAGUCAAAGUUUGCAGUAUGUACUGUUCUGGUGAAUGUUUCCAAUUCUCCUGAAAGUUAUCCCAGUGUGUCAGCUUACAGUCUGACCAUUAGCUUUUAUGUCUCUCUCAUGAUGUUCCUGCUGCUUUCCUUGCUUGUCAGUGUUAUUGCACUUAUUCUGAGACAUAAGCAGAAAGAUGUGAUGAACUCUUAUGUGAAAAAAGAAACAUUAUCCUCCUCAGCUACUGAUGUGAAUUUGGCCAGAGAACACAUGGUCCUUAAGGACUGUCAGAAUAUCCAAAGUACUGAGAGCGGUGGUAUGCUUCCCAUGGGUGCCAUAGCAGAUUGGCUGAGCUUGUCAGGAAUCAGAGAGAGGAAAGAUGAUGAUGUGCCCUGUGAGCAUUCAGGCUUCAAUGGCCACAGUUUUGCCAGAGGAGAAACUGCAGAGGAUGAAGAAAUAAAAAGGAUCAGUGACCAUCCUUGCAGGAAGAGUGCUGGCUCCAUACUGAGUGAGCGAGACUCCCAGGUGCCAGAUUCAGGGAUCCCAAGGGAGUCUGACCAGCUCUCUUGCCUAUCUGGGGAAACCGACAUUGUGGCUACCAUGCAAUGCAUGGAGAGCAUACAGGCUGUUCAAGGCAAAGGUGGAGAAGCCUGUGAUGCAGCCUAUCCAAGUAACAAAGUGUUGUCUCAGACACUUAAAAAAACUGAAGUAAAAAAGAACAUAUUGACAGACCUCACAAGAGACUGUGCCUUGGUGUCAGAUAGGCAGGACUCUGGGUGUGAUUUGCUUGCAACUCUUAGCACUUCUGAUGAGGACCUCAGGGGCAGUUGCAGCUGGGAUUAUGUGCUCAGCUGGGAGCCCAGAUUUCAGCCUUUCUCCUCAGUCUUUGGUGACAUUGCAAAACUGAAAGAUGAAAGUGGAUGUGUUUGUAGCUUUCCUAAGGAGAAGCCUUUUGUUUUACCUCCUUCCUUGGUAUGUUACCAAGGGAGUAAAUCAGUAGCUUAACCUGGUGUAAGGCCAGUGCCACCACGGAUGCCAAAUGUAGUAUCAGGGCAAGUAUUUAAGAAAUGCCCUUGUUCUCCCCUUAUCGAGAGUCUUGGAUACCCUCCACCAAUGAGGGCCCUCUGUUUUUUUCCUCUAUCUUUGUUUACCAUGCAGACACCUACUGCUUCUGUGUUAAUCUCUGAUGGGAGAAGGCUAGGAAAAUGUCUUAUUUGUCCAAGCAUGAACUUGCAACGGAGGAGGAAAUUAAAGUCUAGGUUAUUAACUGAUGGUAGCUUGUGGAAAAAUAUAUGGCUUGAAAUGUAUUUUUUUUUAAUUUUUUUUUUUUUUGAACAGGCAAAGCAUGCCUGUCAAAACAUCACCACUAUCUUUUCUGUUUUCAUGAGCUGAAAAGGUUAAUAUAUAACAUAGCCACAAAGUUUGUAACAAUCCAUCAUGUUCUUCACAGAAUGUGCUGCCAGUCCAUGAGGUUUCUCCUUUUGCAGCUUCCAACAAGUGUGGUUUCACAUGUAAAUCACACGGCUUGUUGCCUGAAAACCAACUUGAUGAUCAAUUCUAAUGUUUUUAACAAAAUAUGUUAAUAAGAAAUUAAUGUUGAUAGCUGUUUUCUGUGGAAUUUUUUUCUGUGGUUGCAUUAUGAGAGAGUAGAAUCACAGUAUUAUAAAAUAUCCCAAGUUGGAAGGGACCCACAAGGAUCAAGUCCAACCCCUGGCUCCACACAGACCACCCAAAAUCAGGCCAUAUGACAUAGAGUGGUGUCCAAAUGCUUCUUGAAUUCCAACAAGCUUGGGGCUGUGCCCACUGCCCUGGGGAGCCUGUUAGAUGCCCACUGCCCUCUGCUGAAGAUCCUUUUUGUAACCCCCACCUGACCUUCCCAGAUGCAGCUCCAUAAUUUACCAGCACUGAAGUGAGACUGACAGGUCCAUAAUUUACCAGGGUUUUGUUUUUUUUUUCUUCCCAUCUUGAAGAUUGGAACAAUGUUAGCCAGCUUGCAGUCAGCUGGGACCUUUCCCCAUUCCGAAGACCAUUGAAAAUAAUUGAGAUGAUAUUGGCUAACUCUCCAUAGUACCUUGGGAUGAAUCCCAGUAGGCCCAAGGACUUGUAUGUAUCCAGGUGGAGCAGCAAAUCACACACAAGUUUGGAGUUGGCAGGGAUUUUAUUGUUACUGCAGUCACUGUUCUCUAACUCAGGGCACCCAGGGUGUCAGAACAUGUCACUGAUGUUCAAGAGGAAAAAAAAGCAUUACAUGUCUCUGCUCUACGUUUCCAUUCUUAAUAUGACCAUUCUCAUCUGGUCAUAUUAAAAUGACUGUGUGUUCUCUAUGUCUUCCUUUUGUUGUUAACAUACUAAAAAAAGCCCAUCAACAAACAAACAUACUUUCAGUUGUCCCCUUCAGUAUUGGCCAUCUCCCUGCAAAGAUAAGUGACAUCACUGUAGUCCCCCUCAUGUUCGCUGACCUUGCUUCCAGCAGCCAUACACCUUCCACCUAAGCUCUAGAAUAAGAUCACUGUUCAGUCAAACUGGCCUUCUGCCCCACCUGCUUGAGUUCUGGCACUGUGGAAUUGCCUGUUUGUGUACUAAGACUCCAGAAGAGCUGUUACUUUAAAAGUAACCAGGCAUUAAAGGGUACUGGAGUGAUGUGCAAGUUUGGCAGUUUGGGGCAGCAUGUCAUGAUAAUCUGCAUAAUAGUGGCUCACUCAUAGAAACCCUUGGGAAAAAAAAAAAAAAA